UUUUAAUGCCAUUUGUAUUCCUCACGCCCUAGGUCCAGUGUGGAUCAGCAAGAAGAGUCUGCUCAUUAAAUAGAACGGCACUGGGAAUCUGCAAACUUCCAAGAACCCUUGCCCGAUUUUUCCGGACGCGUGCGAGCGCAGAGGUCCUGCCCAGCCAGGUGAGGGAGGGAGCGUGGGGCGGGGCAAAGCCAAGGUUCUGCGCUGCAGGGUAGUAACUCAGCUCUCCCGGCGCUCCCGCCCCGUGCACACGCGGCUCCGCCGCACUGGGCUCGUCCCGGGGCUCCGGGUCGAGAUGGCGCUCAUUGCGGCCACCAACUUCGGACUUGGCCUCCUGGUCCUGUUUGUGCUGUCCGACUGCACCUGCGGGGCGCGAGGCGGAGGUGAGUUCCUGGGCGCGGCGCGCGAGAAGACAGAUGCUCUUUCUCCUGCCUUUGAAUUCCCCAUCACAGCGAAGCCCAAUCCUGGACAACCAUGGUGUGAGAUUCGAGGCAAGGUCAAUGGAAACACGUUUCUGUAUUAUGCCUGUGGGAACAAGAAGGUCGAAGUCUUUGGUCCUCUGGGGAGGAAUGUGAAUGACAUAGUGUUUUGGGAGAGACAGACGGAAACUCUGAAAGACCUGGCAGAAGAGCUCAAGAAGAAACUACUUGACUGGAAACCAGCGGAUUUUACACCCAGUCAUUCUCUCUCCCUGCAGGGCAGGAUGGUGUGUGUGCGUGGGGACAACGGACGCACCAGCGGAUCCUGGGAGUUUGACAUCAAUGAACAGAUAUCCUACUUCUUUAACUCAGAGAGUGGAAAUUGGACACUUCGUCCUAGAGGCCGACAGAUAAAGGCCUCAUGGGAGAGUGACAGAGAUUUGACCAAUACCCUCAUGAAGAUCUCAGUUGGAGAUUGUAACAAGUGGCUUGAGCGAAUAUUGGUGCACUGGGAUGAACUGUGGGAGACAACAGCCCCGCCAGGCUCGCAGCAAGUCACGGCCCAGUCCGGGGCCACGGCCCUCACACCCAUCACCUGGAUCCUCCCUGUGAUUCUCAGCUGCUUAAUCAUAAUUGGCAUCCAAGGUAGAGUCUUUUAGAGUGACAGGUACUGAGAGCAGAUGGAGCGGGAAGGGAGGGGCAGAUGGCCUGGUGUGAGGACAGGGACAGGUGACUCCCCCGCCCGACCCUGCCCACUCACUGAACCUUGUCAUCACAGAAGUGAGACGAGGUGAUGAGUUCCCCUGUCAGUUGUUAGCAGCAACGUGGACAAGCUCAGCCCUGAGUUGUCAUAAGGCCUCACUGUUAAGGCCGCUGGGAAAGGGGAGGGGCCCCCCAAUGCAUAAGGCCUGUUGACGCUAAGGAGAUCUAGCAAGGUCAGGCCUGACUGAGACCUGAUUCUAGGUUGAAGAGAGUCAAUUUGGCCCAGUGCGGGUGGUGUGCGGGGAGAGGGACACACAGCUUGGGCAGUACUCACAUUGGAGCACGAGAGGCGUGGUGGCUCCACGUGAUGUCUCAGGGGAGGCGACUCCAUCCAGGGGCCUACGAGGAGAGGCACCAGUGUCUGUUCCGGGGGAGGGAGUGGGAAGGCCGGGCAGAGGCAACUCCAAAGCCUGGAGUUGAGUGCUGUGUUCCCCCAGACAGUGGCUUGGGUCUUAGCAUGGGAGGCAGAAAGUGAACAGUAGAGACUGUGCAUGGCAAGAUGUAGAAGCGUGGGAAAUCUGGCUCAGGCUGCUGCAAGGCACUGGCAGCUCGCUUCCUGCAGACCUCAGAUCCGGAGCCACUGAGCACCCCUGCUUGGAGCAGAGCUGACCCGGGAGACGGGGGGACAGAGCUGGCCCGGGAGAUGGGGGAGCAGAGCUGACCCUGGAGAUGGGGGGGCAGAGCUGACCCG